AUGCCCUCCGCACCCCCAGUGCCCCCAAGCUCCGAGGAUCAGCUGAGGCAGCGCCUGGUGGAGGCUGAGGCUGAGCUGGUGGCGCUGCGGGCGCGCGUGGCCGUGGCCGAGCUCCGGGCUCAGGAUGUUUCCCGCGCGGCCGAGCUGCAGCUGCAGGGGCUGCGCCGCCAGCUGGAGCAGGACAAGGCACAGGUGCAGGCGCAGGUGACGUCACUGCUGGGGGAGCUGCGUGAGAGCCAGAACCGGCUGGAGCGGAGCCGGGCGGAGCGGGAGCACCUGGAGCGCAGGGCCCGCAGUGAUGCCGAGCGCUGCCAGCAGCUGGAGGAGGUGACCCAGGGCCACCAGGUGCAGCUGGACCAGCUGCGGCUGCAGGUGACAAACCUGGAAACUGCCCUGAGGGUGGAGCGGCGCGGGGCCACUGAGGAGAAGCGGAAGCUGGUGCAGCUGCAGGCCGCGUACCAUCACCUGUUCCAGGAGUACGACGCUCACAUCAAGGCCAGCCUGGAGGGGGACAAACAGAGCCAGGUGAGGGACAGGGACACUGGGGCAGCUGGGGACACGGAGGGUCAUGUCCCAUCCCUUGGGGAGCCCGGGGUGGCCCCUUGUUCUCUGUGUCAUUCUCCUGGGGACCCUGUGGUGGCAGCUUGGCCCCAUCCUAGCCCCUUGGAGACACCUGGAAUGUCCCUUGGGAGCAGUGGCCAAGGCUACUCUGGGGGUGACACAGGUGACCCCCAGAUGUCAUUGUCACUGCCAGGUGACAUCAUGGGGACCCAGGUCGAUGUCCUCAAUGUGGGGCUGGGGGGAUCUGGGAGGAUCAAGGGGGAUUUGGGAGUUCCCAGAGGGGCUGACACCCCCAGAGUGGAUUUCAAGGCAGAGCAGGGGGAGUCUUGGGGGGGUGUGGAGGUUUUGGAGAGGGCCCAGUGGGAUUUGGGGAAUUUGGGGGAUCCUGGAGGUGUCCUGACCCCACCUCCCCCUAAAAUCCAGACUGACAUCUCCAAGGCAGAGGCAGGGGAGUCCCAGGCUGACAUUUCCAAGGCCGUUUUUGAGGAGGAGCGGGCAGCUCUGAGGGGGUUCUGGUUGGAUUUGGGGGAUCCUGAUGGGACUGAAAUGUUCCUGGGGGAUUUUGGGGAUCCCUGGUGGAUUUUGAGGCAGAGCAGGUGGCUCUGGGGGAUUUGGGGGUUCUGGUGUGACCUGUGGGGGUUCCUUUGGGGGAUUUGGGGGUUCCCUGGUGGGAUUUGGGGUUCCCCGGUGGGAUCUGGGGCGCCUGACCCCCCGUGUGGCCAGGCCGACAUUUACCGAGCGGAUUUCGAGGCGGAGCGCGCGGCGCGGGAGCAGCUGCACGGGCAGCGGGAGGCGCUGCAGGAGGAGCUGAACCAGCUGCGGCUGCGGCUGGGCGGGGACGGGGCCCGGUAUGGCACUACCCCCCCAAAUUCCCUCAGCUCCCCCAAACCCCCGGGUGGGGUGCUCCUGCCGCCCCCCGAAGAGGGGCCCGACCUGUGCUGCCCCAAGUGCCAGUACAAGGCUCCGGACAUGGACACGCUGCAGAUCCACGUCAUGGACUGCAUCAAGUGAGGGGGGGCCCCAAAACCCCCCCCCGGCACCCCAAAAAUACCCCCGGGGGUCCCCAAAACCCCCUGGCAGCCUCAGCCCUAGAGGAGCCCCAAAAUCCCCCCGAAACCCCCAGAUAUUCUUUUGGGAAUCUCCUCACUGCAUCCACAUCAUGGACUGGGUCAGGUGUGGGGGGAGCACCCCAAAAUCGCCCCGGGACCCCCGGGGACACCCCAGCAACAUCAGCCUGGGGGUUUGAGGUUCAGGAACCCCAAAAUCCCCCCAAAUUAUUCUGGGAAUCUCCUCACUGGAUGCACGUAAGGGAUUGAAUCAGGUGGGGGGGGAGCACCCCCAAAUCCCCCUGGGAACCCCAAAACCCCCCUAC